GGAUAAUCAAGCGUUUACAAGUCAUUCCAAAAGUGAAUUUAAAAAUCCACUUUGAAGCCAUUCCCAAACAGACUCUAUAAAAGCACGAGACUUGCAAUUCUAUACCCCCUCAACUUCCAAGUCUCAUCUCUCUCUCUCUCUCUCCCUCUCUCUCUACUACUUGGUGCUUUGUGUGCUUAUUUUGAACAAGAACACUCACCAAAUUCCUUUUUUUCCUUUAUAAUUUAUUUUUUUCAUAACCCAAAAAAAAAGGAGAGCAGAAAUGUGUCAUCUGUCAUCUCCGGUCAGCUACAACGAAUGCAAAUGCAAUUCAUCGAACGAACAUGUUCCAAACAACAAAGAUGGCCGUUCAGAAAACGACGACGAAGGCCUCAAAACUCCACUCAUUCAAAAAGGCAUCAAAACAACGACGGCACCCCAACAGAACCAACAAGCAGAGAAUAACAAAACUACACUAGAAACGAAGCAAACGACACAAAUUAUUAUUACUUCGACAACUAACAACAACAACAACAACAACAACAACACACAGAAAUCCCAUUUUUUCCGUCUCGUUGAUGAGGCCAGUUCAAUCGCCGGAAUCGCUUUCCCAAUGAUACUAACGGGUCUUCUACUCUAUUCCCGUUCCAUGAUAUCCAUGCUCUUCUUGGGUCGGCUCGGCGAGCUCGCUCUAGCCGGCGGCUCACUCGCCGUCGGCUUUGCCAACAUCACCGGUUACUCGAUCCUCUCUGGCCUUGCCAUGGGAAUGGAGCCCAUUUGCGGUCAAGCUUUUGGGGCUAAAAAAAACACUCUGCUUGGACUCUGUUUACAGAGGACAAUUCUUCUUUUGAUGUUGACUUCAAUACCGAUUUCUCUUCUUUGGUUAAACAUGAAGAAGAUUCUUAUUCUUUGUGGGCAAGAUGAAGCUAUUGCCAUGGAAGCUCAAUCUUAUCUUCUUUACUCUCUUCCUGACCUUUUAGCUCAAUCCCUGUUACAUCCACUUAGGAUUUAUCUGAGAACUCAAUCCAUUACUCUUCCUCUGACCUACUGUGCAACUUUCUCAAUCUUUCUCCACAUCCCCAUUAACUAUUUCUUCGUUUCUCACCUCAAUUGGGGAAUUAAAGGAGUUGCUCUAAGUGGGGUUUUGACCAAUUUUAAUCUUGUAGCUUCCUUAAUCCUCUACAUCUUAGUCUCUGGGGCCCACAAGAAAACAUGGGGAGGAAUUUCCACUGAUUGUUUUAAAGAUUGGAAAACACUAUUGAAUUUGGCCAUUCCAAGUUGCAUCUCGGUCUGCCUUGAAUGGUGGUGGUACGAGAUCAUGAUCUUGCUAUGUGGCCUUUUAAUAAACCCAAGAGCAACCGUGGCUUCCAUGGGCAUUUUGAUCCAAACCACAGCUCUAAUCUACAUAUUCCCUUCUUCUCUAAGCUUCAGCGUAUCCACAAGAGUUGGUAACGAGCUUGGUGCUAACAAACCCAAAAAAGCCAGGUUUGCCGCCAUUGUAGGCCUCUCUUGCAGCUUCGCACUGGGCUUAGUGGCUCUUGUGUUUGCAGUCAUGGUUCGGAAGGUUUGGGCCACUAUGUUCACACAAGACAAAGAUAUUAUUUCUUUAACAUCGUUGGUUUUGCCAAUAAUCGGGCUAUGUGAGCUCGGUAAUUGUCCUCAGACAACGGGUUGUGGGGUCUUGAGAGGAACAGCCAGGCCCAAAGUUGGAGCCAACAUAAACUUGGGGUGUUUUUACAUGGUGGGAAUGCCGGUGGCUCUGGUUUUGUCUUUUUUCGCUGGUUUUGAUUUCAAAGGCCUCUGGCUUGGUCUUCUCGCAGCUCAGGGCUGUUGUGCUCUGACCAUGCUGGUGGUUUUGGGCCAAACUGAUUGGAACUCUGAAGCUCAACGAGCCAAGCUCCUUACCGGAGCUCAAAUUAUCGAUCAUGGUGAUGAUGAUGAUGAUCAUGGUGAUGAUGACAGCGAACUAGUUGACGAAGAGAAACCAAAUGAGAAAUCUGUUCUAGUCAAAGGAGAUGGUUUAUACACUACGUUAUGUGAUUGUAAAAAUAAUUCACCUGUUUAAUAAUUUUAUGUAACUUUUUUUUUAAUUAAUUUAUUUAUUUACUUACUUAUAUCUUAAACUGUUCUAAACCAAAUUCAAGUUGUAUAGAAGGGGUGUAAGGUUUUCUUUUUUUAUUUUUAUUAUUUUGGAAUUGGGAGGUUUUUUUCGUCUAUUGAAGAGAGAAAGAUUGACUAUCCUUUUUCCAUGGUCUUUUUGGCAAUAUGGGACUCGUAUACAGUGAUAUUAUUUUCAUUUUGUCAA